CGGCUCCCCCACCGAGGAAGGAGGAGAAGGAGGAAGCAUGACCCCUCCUGCCGCCCGGCCGGGCGAUAACGGCAGGCCAGUGUCUCUGUUCCACCAGCUGGAGGAGAAGGUCGCCAAGCUGCAGGCGGCCAUGGAGUCCCUGAGCCAGCUCCCCAGCGCCCCGGAGCUCCUCGCCCGUAGCCAGGCGGACGCCGUGCCCAUCCGCAAGUUCUCGGUGUCCGGCAGCAGCACCGGGCCCGUCAAGGACAUGUGGCAGUUGAUGCAGGUCAAAAAGAAAGUGGAAGCGAACGAGGAAGGAGUCAACAAGGCUAUGACAACUUUACAAGAAUUAAUGAAUUCAAUUAAUCAAUUAAAUAACACUAAUGAAACACUGAGGAAGGAGCUUGACAAAUACUCCGAUACAAAACCGGAAACAAGACUUCCCAUCAUGAUAGACCUGAUCAUAUAAAUUCAGAACGGAGCAGAACAACAGCGCUUCAACGGAGGCUACACAGCACUGACAAUGUCACCUAGAAGCAGGCGAAAUGUUUGCACGAAAGCCAGUCAGCUCGGUGAACCAAUCAACGACUCCAACUUUUGGCCACCUGCAGAGACUUACAAUUCGACACGCCACUCACGCUAUUUGUAUGGUCGUUGAUCUCUCUCCCCUUGACCUCUCUCUGCCCAUAAAUGCUGUGUUUUGUGUUUUUCUCUCUCAC